CGAAUCGGACGGGUUGUCUCUUGUGUCCCUGGGACGGGAAAGUGGACGCUGGCGCCACAGAGCCUCCCCGGAAGUGGGCCCUCGGUGGUGGCAGGCGACGGAAGGAAUAACAAUUGAAACCGCCCCGUGACACCGUCGAUCGAUCGAUUGCACUGGCGGGGGAUUAAGUCGCUGUCUGUUACGUGAUUAAAGUUUUGUUUAAGUGGUGCAGAACGGUGUGCGGCGCACAGGAAGAAGAACCCAUUUGCCGGGUGCGGCGUGCUCAUAACACACGUGGCCAGUUCCCGGGGUAAUCGUUGUUAUUGCAGUCUACUUCCGGUACUUCCUUCCGUUCUCGGUCUAACCAUACCUCGUAAUGGUAAUUGCCGCGGGUUUGUAGUGCUCCAACACGAAUACUUGUGUCGAUCGAUCCGCGCGACAUUCGAUUACGCAUUCGUUGGGUUUGCGCCCAUUACCCGUCUUAUCGGUCCGCGGCGCCGCAUAUGGUCUCGCGUUGUGCGCGUCAGCGAAGUAAGCCGUUGUGUGCUUGUUGAUAAAAUAAUCAAUACGUAUGUUUUUUGUGUAUUUCUAUUAGAACUGAGUAGAGUGAUGGUUCUAUCUAUUCGAGUGUUUACACAUUGACCGUGUUAGUGCCAGGCUCUGUGCCGGGGACAAAUAAUAAAUGAGUAAUAAGAAGAGAAAGCCCCGUUAGAGAGGCCGCAACGAGCUGUAAAGUGCAAAUAAUUUCUUGUGCUCUUUUCUUCACCGAUCGUACUGUGGCCGGCGCUUUGUUAAUUGUGAAAAAUCUGCGGCCCGGCGUGGUACCGUUUCGUCUAUUCUUUGCCCGCCCGCCGAAGAUCUCUAGCGAACCAAUAAGACCUCGACGACGACGACGGCAGAGGUCUCGGUGCAAAUUAGUCUAAAUUGAUGUGCCCACAGCAAAACGGGUUCCGAUUGGGGCGUCGCUUCACAACUGGAGCACUUACGGGCCGGACCACCGUGUCCAGCGCGAGAUAGGAUCGCGCGCCUGGCCGCCAGACGCAUUCCAGUUCCCCAGCUUGCCGGAUAGUCGCCCCCGGGAAAGACGAUGCCCACACGCUACCGGCGGUCCCCACGAUGAAGGUACCGCGCAAGAAGGCGUUCGGGUUUCUGCUGAUCGUCGCGUUCGGUGCCCUGCUGGUGUUGUGGAACAACGUGUACCUGUUGCACCUGCCACCCCCCGGGCGCCGUAAGGUGGUGGGUACGAUCGCGGAGAUGAAUCUCACCGUUAGUCUGGCCCUGGUUUACGAGCGCUGGAACCGGGUGGCGACCGAGGCGGCAACCAACCUUCCGGUGCCCUUCACCCUUCAUCACUUCAACGUCACGGCAAGCGAUCACAUCGGGAUCGAUCGCACCAUUCCCGACACACGCCAUCCCAACUGCCAAGAGCGCAGCUACCUCACGACACCUGGCCGCACCACAUCUGUGAUAAUAACGUUCCACAACGAAGCCACUUCAACGCUGCUGCGCACCAUCGUGAGCAUACUGCGGCGAACACCCCACGAUCUGUUACGAGAAAUUAUCCUCAUCGACGAUUGCAGUGAUAACGGCAUGACGGCGUCCACUACCCCAGGAGUCGAAGAUGAUGACCGCCUUGGCCGCUACGAGCUAUUCACCCAAAUACCGCUAGUGCGAUACUACCGAAAUUCCAUUCGACAAGGUUUAAUAAGGUCACGUAACAUUGGCGCAACGUAUGCGAGCGGAAGUUACCUGCUGUUCCUCGACAGUCACUGCGAGGUGAACCGCGGAUGGUUGGAGCCGUUGCACGAUCGCUUGGCGAUCGAUCCGACGGCUCUGCUUAGUCCCGUGAUCGACAUUAUCGAUGCACAGACAUUCGAUUAUCGUCCAAACAGUGCACGGUUGCGUGGUGGAUUCGACUGGAGUUUGCACUUCCGCUGGCUACCCAUCGCCGAGGAGGAACUUGAGCAUCGGCGGCACGAUGAAUCGCAACCGUUCUACAGUCCCGCUAUUUCCGGCGGUAUCUUCAUCGUGGCGAAAAGUCUGUUCGAGCAGCUCGGUGGUUUCGAUUCGGGGAUGGACGUUUGGGGCGGCGAAUCACUGGAAAUGUCCCUGAAGGCAUGGCUGUGUGGAGCACACAUCGAGGUGGUUCCCUGUUCACGCAUUGGGCAUGUCUUUCGCCGGAAACAUCCGUUCAAUUUCCCACCGGACGGCAGCCAUCUUACGUAUCUACGCAACACGAAGCGUGUGGCACUCGUGUGGAUGGAUGAAUUUAAGAAUUUUUUCUACGAUGCCCGCCCGGAAGCGAUACCGAUUGAGGUUGGGUCCAUACGGGCGCAACAGGAGCUCCGGCGGAAGUUAAGCUGCCGAAAGUUCAGUUGGUACCUGCAGAACGUGUUCCUCGACCUGAAACUGCCGAACGAAAAUAGCGUCGCGUUCGGGCAGCUACGCCAUGGCGAACGGUGUCUCGGUGUAAUGAUGGGGUCAGCAACGAAGACGCACCGAAAACGCUCUAAUGGUGGUGCUCCGAAGACACACGGUAACGAUGCAACGCUGAUGGAAUGCACCCAUGAGGCCGCGGACAGCGACGGAUCGAUGCAGUGGGCGUUACACAAAACUACUGGCCAGUUACGCACCGAGAUGGGCAUCUGCUUAACGGUGCGAAAUGGACUGGUGAUAACGGAACGGUGCCACAGUGGAGCCACCGUGAACGUGGCCCAACGCUGGCAACGUCAGGGUGGAACGCUCGUGCACCGACAGAGUGGCAUGUGCCUGGAAAGCCUGAUUAAGGCUGACGUCGGUGCGUCCAAGUGUCGCCGCGGUGCUCCGUCUCAGCUUUGGAGCUUUUCUGUCGAAGUGCAGCAGCUCGUGUAGCGACCAGAAGCCAAAAAAUAAA